GUGCAGCUUCAAUGCACACAGAAGGGGAUUCCCCUGAAAGUUUUCAUGACAUUUACGUGCGAGAUACAGUUACACAAGCGACCUCUAGUGGUGCAGAUUCAUCUUCUCGUCUCGCCUUUGUGUGUAAAAGAAAAGCUCUCGUUACUACAGUGUAGUUGCCAGUGCUUGUGCAGACGACUGUGUCUCAGCUUCCUGUUUAAGCCGACAUGGACGACUCCUGUAGGACCUCGCAAAAGUCUGGACAGACCAGGGAGGACGUGGAAAAAGGUCUGAGGGACCCUAAAAUAGACGGCAACAACACCGUUUACCUACCGGCAGGUCGUCCUACUUCUCCCGUUAAUCGGAUAUCUACUGAAACCACUAAGGACAUUCAAGGAGCGACAAGACCACAUGCUGGCGUUCCGCCCCCUCCUCCACCUCGUCCACCUCCUCCACCUCCUCAGCCGGAUAUCGCUUAGAUGUAACGAGGCCUCUGUGGUUGUCCGUAUGUCGUGUCUGCUCCAUGGUGUAAUUAGUCAUCGGUCUACAGGUGGUGAUGCUAAAUUGAUUUGACAUACUCUCGUUUUAAACGGCAUCCUCUUCACCCAUUUUAUUUAGUGAUCUUAAAAGACUUUAUGAUUGUUGACUGUGAAGUAUGUUUUCUCUUCCUCUCGUGAAGCAUGAGUGGAAAUAUCACUUGUACUAAAAUACAAAAAUAAGAUCAAAUAUCGUCUUCCUCUUGGUGAGCUACCAUUCUCACACAUCCAUAGUCACACGUACACGUGAGGUCAGACCACGUGUAAACACGUGACCCGCAUUUGUCAACGUAAAAUUUGUGUCUGCCUAAAUGUUUCUUAUUUAAACUCAUUUAAAAUGCUUUUCAUUUAGUUUUCGAGCUUGUAUACAUUAAUGCUGAAACGAUUCAUGAUUGAAUAAUCCUUUGUAUGUUGAUCCUUGUCUCUGAAUAAAACUAAUAGUUUGUUGUUCAAUACUUCAAUACUUGUUCAAUAAACUUCACUUUGAGAUAACGGCCUUAGAUGUAUUACUGUGUUUAUUAGUCUCAAUGCAUUACAGGUAUUAUUAAUAAUAUUUAUCUUAGUAACUCUAUUGGAACGACUGUGUGUGACUGACACCAAUUUCAUGGUCUGAAUGGUUUUGAAAUGUCGGUGUGAAGAUGCAAAAAGAUUGGUUGAAAUUGGUUGUACAGAACGAAAUAACCCUAAUUCUGCUGUCCCAUGGAGGAAAGCAUUUAAACAAAGUUUAGAAAAAGGAAAUGUUUUGUUAAGUCAGUGGAAACCCUCUGUGAGGCGAGUUCGGAGUUUGAUAGUUGUGUGACACUUGUCUUUUGAAAAGAAAAAGUUCGGCAACGCCCUCUGUGAAGGGGUGAGUGAGGAGAUUUAUAUCUGUGUGCCGGUGUUAUUCCUUGGAUUUUGUUGAAGUGACCAGUGAUCUUACCUUGUGUACGGACGACCUUUCAAACAAACCUUUUUUGUGGAAUUGAUAAAGACUAAAUCACCAGGGAGAUAAUUACUGUGUGCAAAGAGUCAUCUUCUAAAAAUGAGUGAAUUAUCGUGUUUUAUUUAUAGGAUGGUGAUACACUCACGAAAAUAAUCCAUCAGCAUCCUUGGUGACCUUCCAUCGGGUGGGAUGGUUAAAGAGUUUAGCUAUUAUUUUGUUAACU